AUGGUGUCCUUCCAAUGCGAGGGUUGCGGUGACGUGCAGACAAAGAAAAAACUCGACUCUCAUAGGAACCAAUGCCAUGCGCCCUUCACGUGUAUCGACUGCAUGACCACAUUUCAGGGCACUGGAUAUAGAGCACACACAUCAUGUAUGACAGAAGCCCAAAAGUACGAGGGUCACCUUUACAGAGAGAAGCCCACCAAGGCUUCGAAGAGGAAAUCAGUCUCUAUAUUAGAACCAAACGAGAACAAUGCCCUCGUCCGGCACCAACCUACUGUCCAAGAUGAAGAGCUCGAGAUCCCUCCUCAAGUACCGACCCCUCCACCUGCUGUAACUACGGGCAGUAGAGACAGUGUGUUUGACUAUCUUGUGGAUGAAGACCCGGAUACACCUCAGAUUCAAUUCGCAUCAGAGAGAGAAGAGAUGUCUCUGAAAAGGGAUGCGCCUAGUGUGUUCGGUGGGAGUAGGCCAACAAGCAGGAACUCGAGCAGAGACGAGUACAGAAACAAAGAGGAACGUCUGGAAAGCAGGGACUACCAAGAGAAUGGCUUCACCUAUGGUGCCGAGCCUGUGAACCCACGACCUACCCACCCCAAUGCUAGCUCUGUCACAUUGGAUUUCAUGACUCCUGCCGCCAAAGCAGCAAAGGCCAAACUGGACCGAGGUGUACCACAAUCAGCAGGACACAGCAGACAGAGUAGCAAUAGCGAAAAGAAGCGCAAACGACCACAAAGCGAUGAUCACUCUGGCGACGUUAGCAUGACCGAUGCGCCUGGCACAAUCGUCCGCUCAGUGGUCGAUACACCAGGCGCCGUCAAUCACUCAGGCCUGACAGGUGGUCUUCAGCGUAUGCUUCAAGAAGAAGACGACGACGAUUGGGGCCGCCUACAAGCACGUUCGCCACCAUCAUCGCCAAACCCCGAACGUGACAGCCGUGCUCUGACGAAGCUCAAGCCAGUCAAGUCUCUCAAGAACCACCAAUCCGAGCCUCAAUCCCCACUCAAACGUACCCGACGCUCAAAAGACGCAGAUGAUGCAGGCCUAGGAAUCAGCAUCAAAGGCCGUGCAGGCCGCGUCAUGUCCAUGAUAGGCGGUGCCCUCUCCACACAUACAGAGAGUGAGCUCGGCAAGCCAAGACGACGAGGCAGCAGCUCCGACGCCCGAGAAGAUAAGAUAUUGGUCCGAGGCAGAGACGGUGAUCGAAGAGAAAGAAAAAAGCACAAGGUCACCCGCCACAACGGAACUAGCAGUGCCAACGUUCGCAUGGAGCGCUCUUCAAGGUCAAAGAAACGACAAGGCAGCACAUCACCCGACAUUCACGAAUCGAAGAACGGCAGUACAAAUGGCAAGCAAAAAGCCAUUGAAUACCACUCAUCCAGCCACCACCGCUCCGCACACUCACCGUCCGACAGCGACGCCGAUCGAGGUGGCCAGCAAAUGGUCGUGUUCGGCGAAGAAGAACGCCGCAGACGGAAAUGCGACGACUUCCUCGCCUACAUCACGAAAGGUCCUGGCAGUGAGAAGGGCUAUAGUAUCAAUAAAGUCCUCAAACGCUAUCAUCGUGACAGUGAAAUCACCAAGGAAAACGACAAGAGGGAAGAAGAGAAGGAUCUGUGGAAAGGCCUGCGUCUCAAGCGGAAUGAUCGAGGCGAGGUCGUUGUCUUUUUUGCUUGA